AUGGUAUUCAAGAGCUGCUUCUUCACUGCAUGUGGUAUUACACUUGUCAUUGCUGAUACUGGCAGUGAUAGUCUGACCAUGUCAGUAGGUACGAAUGGAACCAUCGUACAAGCAAAGACUGGUACGACUGAAUUCAUGGGGACUGAAUACAAUCCACACAAGUGUUUACUUCAGUUUUUAAGCUUAGAAUGUGAUGAGGAUACGUGUGCUGAACUUAAUGGAUAUCAGCUUGAAUGUGUCUCUCAAGGUCUUCAGAAUGGCAAAGAAAAGAAAAUGUGCGAAUGCAAGGACGAUGACAUGAAUGUUUGUCAGAAUUCAACAAACCCGACGGUGACAUCGGGUACUGUCCCUCAAUUUGGAGAAUGCAGUGAUCAACUUCAGUGUAUUGAUUCCUAUGGCUACAUUUCAACAUCGAAAGAAGAAGGACCGAUUUGUGCAGAGAAGUUACACUGUCUUCAAGAAGUUAACACGACGGCUACUGCACCGGCGUCUAUUUGUCACACGUGCAUGUCGUGUAUUGCUCAAAAUGAUGCUGCAGAGAAGCAAUUGGCUACCGCUAAACGCUUUAAUUGUGCGACCAUUUGCCCGAAAGAGAUCCUUGAUACUGUUAAGGAACGAAACGCUGCUGGAGUGGGUAUUGCUGAUUCGUUUGAGGUGACGCCCCCACCUUCUGGCUCGGAAGACGACCAGACUGGGUCAGGAUCUGACGAUGAUGGACCGGGAACUGUCAGCAGUAGUGCUGCUGUGCCUCAAGUCAACCUUGCUGUUCUCCUAUCUACUAUUGUCGCGGUAGCUUUGAUUGGAGCGAUAAACUAA